AUGGAAACUGAUACUCACAGCAUCGCUAACGUUCCCGAUAACAUCUUAAUAUCUGAGUCUGGGAAACUUGUUUUCCUGUUUGCACUUCUUGAAAGGCUCAGACUAGAAGGCCACCGCACACUCGUCUUUGCUCAUUACAGGAAGAUGCUUGACAUCAUUGAACGCAUCCUGGGCAACAGGGGUUUCAAAGUGCUGAGGCUGGAUGGCACAGUAACACAGAUUGCGGAGAGAGAAAGGCGCAUCUCUUUAUUCCAGAAUGAUAAGCGUUACUCCGUCUUCCUCCUGACCACCCAGGUUGGCGGAGUUGGCAUUACCCUGACGGCAGCAAACCGAGUAGUUAUCUACGAUCCCAGCUGGAGUCCCGCAACAGACGCUCAGGCUGUUGACAGGGCGUACCGCAUUGGCCAGACUGACAAUGUCAUCAUCUACAGACUGAUUACCUGUGGCACGGUAGAGGAGAAGAUCUACAGGCGGCAGGUUUUCAAAGACUCCCUUAUCAGACAGAAUACUGGGGACAAGAAGAACCCAUUUCGGUACUUCAGCAAGCAGGAGCUGAAAGAGCUGUUCACCCUGGAGGACAGCCGGUCCUCGUCCACACAGCUGCAGCUCCAGGCCUUACACUCCAGGCACCGACGGACAGACCGCCAGCUGGACGAGCACAUCGCCCACCUGCACGCUAUGGAGAUGUUUGGGAUCUCUGACCAUGACCUCAUGUUUUCACUUGACAUCAAUCAUGAUGAGACUGUGGAAGACCAGGAGGAGCACCGUUACAUCGAAGGGCGGGUCCAGAAGGCUCAGGAGUUGAUGAAGGCAGAGUCAGAUCUGCAGAUGCAGCUGGCAGAGAGCAUGGCUUUCAGCACAGAACCAGCCUGGCUCAAACCACCAGGGGACAACAGCAACAGAGAGGGGUCUGAAGAG